CAGUUUCUGCCGAUCUUCAUACUUGUAGGCCUACUGUCUUUGAUUUUUGUCAAAGCCCCCUCUCGUUGGCUAGAAUGGUCCCACCUGAUCUCGCCUCCUCCCAGCUGUCUUCCAUCUUUGAGGACAUGUAUUUCCAUUGUUAUGGCGGUCACUCGACUAUCUUAUCAAUAUAAUAGAAAAUCUUUGCUGUGGAUCAGGCGCUGUCAGGUGCAAAGCUGCUAAUGACACUACCGCAGCUCCGUUAAAAGUACAGAAUGUGCCACGAACGAAGAACAAGCGCUGCUCUCUGAUUCUCUCCGAGGAGAGAGAGAUCAACCAUGGCCAGCUGGCGGAGAGAGAGCCCGCGGAGCCGGGCAGGACUGGGAGGUAGCAGCCUGAGAGCAGCGAGGAAGCCCCGGCAGAAAGAUCCAUCCAGCGAGGUAGGGGACGCGGGCGAAUCAAUGACAGAGCUGCCACAAUUGUUACGGCUUUAUUUCUAUGGAAUGCACGGUGUCACUUUGGAUAUUCUCCUGUCGUCGGCACAGGGGAUUUGGGUUAACAGCGACCCAAAACUGUUCGGUUUUUCCUCCCCGUACCUCUGCAUCAUGCACUCGCUGACCCAUUUCUUGCUGGAAAAAAUAUAUUCGCAAAAGAAGUGCUUUCAAGGACGCCCAGUAGUUUUUCACCUUGUUUUCUAUCCCUCUGUGUACAUCGGGCUGCAGAUUCUGAUUGGGAAUAUUAACACGCUGACCGAGCACGUUAGAAUAGUCUCUGCCACUCAUCUCGUAGUUCACUACCUACUGUCCCUGUACUUCACCCAAGUAUUCCACAAGGGGCUUGCGCGGCUGCGCUACCGCUGCCCCGGGAAACGGACCAUGUCUACCCCGGAAGAGCGCACCCUGGAGUCGCUGCCUACUAACGGUCUGCCUGAUGUUGUGCGAUUCCUCUUCUUUGGAAUGCACGGCUUUCUGGACGAGAUCAUUUUUACCUCGAUUUUCAACCUUGUGGAGAAAUUGGACCGGACCAUGAGCGGCCACACGUCACUGUGGUCCUUCCUGAUGUACGGGAGCUGCAGCUUCGUGGUAGAGAAACUCUACCUUCAUUUACGCUUCAGACGGGGUUGGAGCACCUGGAGGCGGCUCCCCAUCUAUAUCUGCUUCAUCUACACCUGGGAGUUCUGUUGGGGGCUGGCGCUUCGGCAGUACGGCGCAUGCUCAUGGGACUAUUCCCACUAUCCAUUCAACUUCAUGGGCCUGAUCACGCUCCUCUACCUGCCCGGAUGGGUCUGCAUCAGUCUCUACCAGGAUAUUCUGUCCAACGUUCUGCUGCGCGUGGUGGUGUGUGCCAAAGACGAGGAGUGAGGGUACUCAGGGCAGGGCGCUGGCAUCAACGUCUGCCCUGUGUCCAGGAAAAAAACUGUAUUAUAGGCCUAGGCCACAUUUGAUUUAGGGACUAUUGAUACUAAUACAAAUAAAGAAGAGGACAUUUAAGAUGAUCAAUGGUGUACCCGCACUUUGUAAAAUAAUGUGUAUUUCCCCAGUGGAAAUGUGGUAUUGAUGUAGCUGUUUAGACAGGCUCUAUCAGUGAUUCUAACGAAUAGCCUAUCAAUUUGUUACAGGUAGCCUAAACACAGGCAUGCCUUGCCUGGCAUGUGAUGACACAUAGACAUGCCUUCUGCUGUGAUGACAACUGCCAUUUCUAACUUUGAUGCAGAUGAAACAAUAUUUUACAUUUUACACUUCACUUGCUUGCUCAUGAUUUUCGAGCUGUGAAUAAUUUCCUAAACUAUAUUGACAAAGUCAGCCAUAUGCAUGGCGGCACCAUUUGAUUUGGUUGGUCUCUUCAAUCCCAGAGCAUGCUCUGAACUAAUUUCUGCAUGGCUGCAUAUGCACAUUCGUGAUCACUUAAUUGCUUAAAUCUUAUUUUUUUAA